UUCCCUAAAACACCGCAGAUGUAAACAUUAGAUUAUCCGAAUUUUCUAUAGAAUUUCUUUUUCUUGUUAAUAUACGCAACAUUAUAGUUACUGCUAUUGCAAUUUGUAUUUGUAUCGUGUAAGAAAAUAAAUGAUAACAAAGUGGCUAAAAUUAGUUGAAAGUUUUGUAGAUGUAGUAGAUUAAUUUAUUUUUUAAUCACACGUGUUGUCAUGAUUAAAAUAUAAAAAAAUUUGUGCCUUAUGUGUGUCGACAGUAUGAAGUAUGAGUGUGUAUUGUAAAGAGUGGGGACUAUUGCACAGUCCUUUAAACUAAUGCAUAAGCAGGUGUGGUCAGAUUAAUUAGUCGCUACUCAAAGUGAUAGCACGGUUAGUAAAUUGUCUUCCAAAAAGACUCAGUGAAGCUUUGGAAGGAUUGAUUAUCUCCAAGUUUUUGUACUUUGCUUGUUAAAUAAAUAAAGUAGAGUUUGUUCUCAGUUGAGUAACCAACUCACAAAAAUAAUAUUAUUAGUUGUUUCUUACGGCGACAACAUGUGGUAGAAAAAUUGUUUGCAAAGACGUUGGCGUUCUUGUCUCUUUCGUGCAGCUAUUGUUUUAAAACGAGAAUUAAGUCAUAUCUCCGAUUCAGUAGCACGAGAGCAAUCGUGGAGUUGAUAUAUAUGUAUAUAUAUAUUAUAAUCAAAAGUGUGUGCGUUACGUGUAAUGUACAUAACCUUAUUGUUAUUUUUCUAUUUUGUUGAAAUAAAGAGUAUAGUGAUAAAAUUCAAGUUUAAUUCAUUUAUUAACGGCAAAGGAUGAAUCUAUCGUUUGCCGGAUGUGGCUUUCUCGGCAUUUAUCAUGUCGGUGUUGCCGUGUGUUUUAAAAAUUAUGCACCCCAUUUGUUAUUGGAUAAAAUUAGCGGUGCCUCAGCUGGAGCUAUGGCAGCGUGUUGUCUACUUUGUGAUUUGCCACUUGGGGAGAUGACGAGUAAUCUUCUCAAGAUGGCAGAAGACACGAGACAACGUACCCUUGGCCCUUUUAGUCCCUCCUUUAAUGUCCAUGCAAUUCUUAUGGACAAUUUAGAAAAGAAUCUUCCUGAAGACGCACAUUUAAGAGUAAAUGGAAAACUUCACGUUUCAUUAACAAGAGUUUAUGAUGGUAAAAAUGUUAUUGUUUCUCAUUUUACAUCUAAAGAAGAUUUACUGCAAGCUCUUUUGGCAAGUUCGUUUAUUCCAUUUUUUUCCGGUAUUUUACCACCGAGAUUUCAUGGCAUCAGAUACAUGGAUGGAGGUUUCAGUGAUAAUCUUCCAACUCUCGAUGAAAAUACAAUAACAAUAAGUCCAUUUUGCGGGGAAAGCGAUAUUUGUCCCCGUGAUAUUUCCUCACAAUUAUUUCACGUAAAUGUUGCAAACACAAGUAUCGAAUUAUCGAGACAAAAUAUUUAUAGGUUCGCUAGAAUACUCUUUCCUCCAAAUCCCGAGAUUCUGUCAAAUAUGUGUAAACAAGGAUUUGAUGAUGCUUUGCGUUUUUUGCAUAGAAAUAAUUUAAUCAAUUGCACACGUUGUUUGGCUGUUCAAUCGACUUUUGUUGUUUCGGAAACUUUAGACGAUAAUAUGGAAUACGAUCCAGAAUGCCUCGAGUGUAAAAUGCAUAGACAGGAGGCAUUGGUGGCAAAUCUUCCCGAUACAUUAAUGUCAAUAUUUCAAGAUGCAAUUGAUUCGGCGAACAAGGGACUUGUUAAUUGGCUUUUUAAGCACAAAAGUGUAAAACUAUUAUCGCUUUUGAGUAUUCCCUAUACUGUACCAGCAGACGUUGUCUAUGCAACUUUUACAAAAUUGGUACAAUUAUUUUACAGAUUCGUGUUGAAUGCACCGAAGCUGAGGAAUAAUCUUAUGGAAAUAAGCAGGUUUUUAUUGGAACAAUUGAGUGCUAUUUUCCCGAAAAUAAAUUUCUAUUAUCAAGCCUCAUCGGCGACAAUCAAGUGUCAAUUAAAUAUCACGGAAUAUGGUCCGAAAUUUUACAGCAUUGACGUAACGGAUGGAAACGAUGAGAUUUAUAAAAAAACACAAGAAACAUUAAAUUUGACUCUUCGAUAUAAUAAAUCGUGGAAGGAUCUCACGCAAUCAAAAUCAAAUUGUAUUAUUAAUAUGUCGGAUUUAUCGCCGAUGGAUGACACAUUUGAAAACACUCUUCAGGCAACGUCGGAUCAAGAAGCGCUGAUGGCAUAUUAUUACAUGGACGAUGAUAAUAAAGUUCGUGUCACAGAAAUAUUCGAUGUCACGGACGUCGAUAAACUCUCGCUAGCGGAAAUGGAAGUUGACUCGGAUCUACAAUUUGACGAAUGGGAUGAGCCCACGUGGAUGGGACAGCACACUUUAACUGACGUUGUGUGCGAAUUUCCUUACGAGGAUAAUAAUCGUCGCAGCUCACAAGAUUCAACGGACAUUUCACUUGAAGAGGAUGUAAUUGAUGGUUCUAAUAUUUUCUCCGAUCCUGAAAGUGAAUGGGGCAUUGAAAAAAAUCAGGACCAAACAAUAUUUCACUCUUUAAAUCCCUCAUCGGACAGUCGACCAGAAGUUGAUCAACCAUCUCUUCCUAAUUCUUAGAUUUAACUUAUUUAAAAAAAAAAAAAAAUUACAAUGACCAGAAAAAAAAAUAAAGUGAAUUUAGUUAAAUUUUAGUAAUGAGUGAAGAAAAGAGCGCAAUAUUCGCGAAUUUAAAAAUUGUUUACUAAAAAAAUAAGUAAAUAAUUUUAUUUUAUAAGAAAAAAAAAAAUUCGCGUAUCUUGCCAUUAAUAAUAGAAAAAGAGAAAAAGAACUAUUUUUUUAGCACUGAAACAAAAGUCUCGAGAGUUGUUAAUGAAUAAGAUGCAAUAAUUGUAUUUUUUUUUCAUAUCAGAAAUAAUUCGUUAGAAUCCCGAAAAUUUUUUUUUGUUGUUUUUUUAGUGAUAUUAUUUUUCUGCGACAAUUGAUAUCUUAAUAAGAAAACAAGAAAAUAUUAUAAAUGAUAAUGGGAUAAUGAACGAAUUUUGAAAUUGACAUAUUUUUUUUAUACAGUUUUAUAUAAUAGUUAAGAGAGAGAAAAAAAGGUAUUUAGCUGGGUCUAAAUACUUUUUUUUUUUAAAAAAAAAUAUUAAUUGUUUCUCGAGUGAUAUUUAUUUAUGAGACUCAGUCUUUAUUAAAUUAUUCAACGUUUUUAUUUUUAAUAUUAUUAUUAUUAUUUAAAAUACUAGUCUAGAAAAAUCGACACAAUUUUAAAUUUAUUAAAAAAAAUUUCGUUAAAAUUCUUUAUUUUUAUAAAUAUUUCGUUUUCGCUUUUUUGUUGAAUCUUGGCAAAAAUUCUGCUGACAAUGAAGAAAUUCGUUAAAAAUUAUUUUUUAUUGAAAAACAAAAAAUGAUUAUUAAAUUACAAGAAAGAAAUAUUAAAAAUUUGAGUUUCUUCGUUUUGCAGAUUUAGAAAAAAAAAAAAACAAGAUUCUUCAGUAUUGUGGAACGAUUCGUGUGGUGGUAAAAUUUUUAUCAUUCCACUUACAGUUACAAUGGAUCAUUGUUAGAAGAGAAUUGAGGCGGUUUGUCGUUGUCGUCUUAUCUCUUUGACAUGUGGUUAAUACUAGAUACCGCGCUAUCGAAACUCAAUAAUAAACAAGAAGGAUCUAUAAUUUUUUUUAAAAUUCUUUCUUCUUCCAACGAUUGAGUUCCAUUAUUAUCGAUAGGAAAACAAAGAGAAUAAGACUUUUUUAUUUAUUUAUUGCAAUUAACAUUAAACAUUUAAGUUUGGAGCGAGAUUUCGAUGUAUAUCGUCGAUAAAUAAAAUAAAUUAAUAUAUAUAUAAAUUUUA